AUGUCGCCCUCUUCCGUUCUAUUCCUUCGAUACGGGCUUCUUCUGAUCAUCGCCUUCGGAAAUGGUGUUUGCGACGAGCACGAAUACAGACUGACAAAGCACUUGCUGGACGGAUAUGACGCCGGCGUGAGGCCUGCUAAAAAUUCGUCUCAGCCUUUGGUCGUGGUCUUUGGACUAUCCCUUCAUCAUAUUAUUGACGUCGAUGAAAAGAACCAGAUACUUACGACCAACUGUUGGGUUACGCAGGUUUGGACCGAUCAUCAUUUGAAAUGGAAUGCCUCGGAAUUUGCUGGAAUUCGAGUAAUCCGCGUUCCCUACAAUCGUGUCUGGCGACCUGACACGAUUUUGUACAACAAUGCGGAUCCACAAUAUAGUUCAGCGGUCAUCAAUACAAACGUGAUCGUCAGUCACACGGGCGAGGUGGUUUGGUUAAGCCACGGUAUCUUUCGUAGCAGCUGCGAUAUAAAUGUGGAAUUCUUUCCCUUUGAUGAGCAACGAUGUGCCCUCAAAUGGGCCUCCUGGACGUACGAUGGAUAUCAACUCGAACUGGAGAGACAGAGCGAGCAGGGGGACGUGAGCAAUUAUCAGGCGAACGGCGAGUUUCAUCUUCUGGACUUCACCGCUCGUAGAAACAUCGAGUAUUAUUCCUGUUGCGAGGAACCGUACCCCGACAUCACUUACGAAAUUCGCUUACGACGACGUCCGAUGUUCUACGUCUUCAAUCUGAUUCUACCCUGCAUACUAAUUAAUGGCGUUGCCCUGCUGGUGUUCUACGUGCCCUCCGAGUCGGGAGAGAAAGUCACCCUCGGCAUCUCGGCCCUUCUAUCUAUGACAGUGUUUCUGAUGACCAUUCGCGAAACUUUACCGCCCACGGAGAAGACGCCACUGAUAAGUCUUUACUAUGGCGUCAGCAUUUGUCUGGUAUCGUUCGCAUCCGGUCUAGCGGUCGUGACGUUGAAUUUGCAUCACCGUGGUGUGCGGGGCAUUCGCGUACCGAGUAUCGUGAGAUCGCUGGUCUUAGACAAAUUAGCCAGGAUAGUAUUUCUGAAUUUCCAAGAGGAGAAUAGAUCGCAGGAGCCAACGGAACAAUUCCCGAGAAGAAAGAACAAUUGUCCGCUGCACUGUAAACCUGAACUAUCGGAACAACAUGUAUCUCCCAAAUAUGUAUCGAGGAAAGAUGAUAGUAACAGUUCUAGUCCCAGUUUAGAUCUUGGAAAAGAAGGCGGCCUUGAGGCGCAUUGGUCUCGAGUCCUGGGAAGAGUGCACGCGACCAUCGAGAGGAACGAGCGACGCCUGGUCGAGCAGGAUCGUCGGGAAAGGACAGAAUUAGAUUGGAAACAAGUCGCCUUGGUCAGUGAUCGUGCUCUGUUGUGCGUUUUCUUGCUUACGACGAUCGUCAGCACGGCGGUGAUUUUAUGCGGCUCGCCCCCGACUCUGGAUGCGUCCAAAGAUGGCUAA